AUGAUAUCUAGAAUGUAUGAUAUCAUUAUCACAAAUUGUGAAACCGAAAAUCGGAACAAUAAUAAUAUAGAAGACUUGAAGUCAUUAAAAGUGUUAGAUUUUUCAGACAAUGUUUGGUUAGAUUAUGAUUCUGAAGAGGUGGGCCCUGAUCCGCUUGACAUUUUAUCUGGCACAUGUUUCGAAACACCUGAAUUACAAAGCUUAAUCUUAAAAUGUCCAGGGCCACCAGAUUGCGAUUAUUAUGUGGAACCGUUAAAACCAUCAUUUAAUUGUGGAAAUUUGACCAAAAUAGAACUUAUAAAUUUAAAUAUAGAGUACUUGGAGCUUUAUUAUUUCCCCAAUUCAUUGGAAGAAAUGGUUGUUAGGGAUUUGAAAUUAAGAGGAAUUUCUUACAGUAUUUACGAUUUUCGCAAUUUUUCCAAUUUAAAUAAUUUGUAG